UUAGGUGGUGUGUGUCCGAGCCAAGAGGCAGGAGCAAAGAAGGAAACAUCCGUCCCCUGGCCCUGACCCUCUCUCGGGGCUGAAAUCCAAGAGGGGCUUUGCAACAUGCAACUCUCCAGAAACUAUAUCCCAUCAGGAUUUCUCCUAGUUCUGUUUUACAGCCCUGUCUCUGUGGCCUGGAGUUCCACCCUGCCCAACUCAAUCCAAGCUCUGAAAGGCUCCUGCAUGGUCAUCCCGUGCUCUUUCACCUUCCCGGGUCCCCGCGCUUCCUGGGGAGACAAAUUCAGCGUGGCUUGGUACCAAUACCGGGCAAGAGGUUACCCUGAAAUCUACAACAGCAAGAACCCCCGUAGCGUCCUUCCUGAGUAUCAAGGGCGGACGGAGGUGGUGGGAGACCUCGAGAUGGGCAACUGCACCCUCCUCAUCCGAGACGUGCGCCACGGGGAUGUCUACUAUGUGUGGAUCAAUCCAGACUCUGUCAGCCACCGGUUCUAUGACGUCACGGUCCGGGUGGAAGUCACAGAUGUUCCCAGCCAGCUCGAGAUGAGCGACCCGGGGUUGUUGACCGAAGGCGAUCACACCUCGCUGACAUGCUCGGCUCUGCACACCUGUCCCUUGGCCCCGCCCAGCCUCACCUGGAACCUUGAGGGAGGGAAAGCUGUGACAGUCCAAGAACGUCUGGCUGGGGGAGUCUGGCGGACAGAGUUGCAGCUCAACUACGUCCCCUCCCACAGAGACAACGGCAAAUAUCUCCAGUGCACGGCCACCUUCCCCACCCAACAACAGUCUCGCAGUGGUAUCACCUUGCAGGUUAAAUAUUCACCAAAGGAUGCAGUCGUCUCUGUGGUGGGGAACUCGACCCUGAAGGAAGGAGACAGUGUCACCCUGCGAUGCAGCAGCCACAGUAACCCCCCUGCCCUCAGUUACCGCUGGUUUUUUGGGCCACGCAAGGCACCACUGCGGGGAGUGGGCACUGGGCCAGAGGCGAAGCUGACAGAUAUCAAGAGGGACUCUGGGCCAUAUUACUGCGUCGCGGAGAAUGACGUAGGGAUGGGAGACGACUCACCCCCUGUCUACCUCCAUGUGCAGUACAAACCAGUCAUCCUGCCAGAAGGGAACUGCACCAUGUCCCGGACCGGAGAGACAGUCACGUGCUACUGCUUGGCGGAAGGAAACCCAGUACCAGGCAUCGAGUGGCACCUGCCAAACCAAACCAUUCCCGAGGACUUCAACAGCUCGGAACUGCAGGCAGCGUCGGCUUCCAUGGGGCACACUGUGGUCGGGGUGCUACGGGGCCCUGCAUCCAGCCUGGCCAAUGUGUCCUGCUUGGUCACCAACCUGCAUGGGCCCAGCCGGGUCACUUUGCCCAACUACCAAGCAGGGCACUCCAUGCUGCUGCUCAUAGCAUGCGGGGUCGCCGCUGCGGGCCUCCUCCUCUUUACCCUGCUGGGGAUUGUGAUCUUCAAAGUGAUAAAGAACAGGAAAGAGAAAGGGAAAGAAGAGGAGGAGGAAGAGGAAGACCCAACACUGUAUGUCAAUGAGGGAAAUGGGGAACAAAAGACGUCUCUUGAAGAAGAAAAGCCAUCCAAUUCUGAGAAAGAGGAACAAUUCAACAUGUACAGCAAGUCCAAGACAGGAGGGAGCCCAGCUACUUACAAUGAUACAUGCGCCGAAGACUACGAGACCAUGGAGAGCAAAGACGAAGAUUAUGAGAACGUCUCGUCGUUGGGCCCUCUGGGGAAUUUGGGGAACCUCAGCAAUUGGCAGCCUGCUUCGGGGACUGACCAGAUCUACUCCAAUGUCUGAUCUGAGACGUCCCAACUUUUCUAUUUAACA